ACCUGGGCCUGCGCGGCGGGUCCUGCCGUGCGGGCGGCCACGCUCGCGGCUGCUUGCUGUGUGCGGAGCCCUCGGCUCCCGGCGGCGCGCGCGGGGAGGAGUCGCGGCGGCCGGCGCAGAGCCCGGACAGGCAGCGCGCCGGACAGCCCUCGGCGGGAGGCCAUGGCGGCGGCCCUCCGGGCGCGGGGGGCGACGCGGCGCUUGCUGGCGGCGCUGUGGCGCCGGAGCCCGAGCCUCGCGGCCAUGUCGGCGGAUGCUCAGUGGCUGACGGCGGAGGAGAGGAGAGAAGCUGUGCUUGACCUCAAAGCAGCAGGAUGGGCGGAACUAAGCGAGAGAGAUGCCAUCUACAAAGAGUUCUCCUUCAAAAACUUUAAUCAGGUGCAGAGUCCCAAGGACUUGAGCCAUCUUGCACUGCUUUCCCAGGUGUAUCAGCAGAGACCUGGAUCAGAAGUGGAACAGCCUGGACUCAAGCUGGUGUCCAGAUGGAUUGCUGGCGCUGCAGGCAGAGGUUUAACCUAUCACAACACAUCGCUGGCUUCCCCACAACCCUGGCCUGCUUUUGCGUUCGGCUUCAUGUCCCGAGUGGCCCUGCAGGCAGAGAAGAUGAACCAUCACCCGGAGUGGUUCAAUGUGUACAACAAGGUGCAGAUAACUCUCACCUCGCAUGACCGUGGGGGACUCACCCGAAGAGAUGUGAAGCUGGCCAAGUUCAUUGAGAAAGCAGCUGCUUCCGUGUGAUUUCUUCUAGAGCGUGUGUGCAGUCUGAUGCACGUCUUAGCUGCCGUGUGUUUCAGAGACAGCUUAUGCCAACAAAUUAAAUUGUAAACUCCCUGCCUGUAUACAACAUUUGAACAAUCAGUGCCUAAAUACAAAAUAAUUGAAACCUGA